AUGGCUUCACCCCUACCCAUGGGACCUGGCUUCGUCCCGCAUAUGCCAUUUUCUGCGGGUGAUAACGAAUGUGAAAAGUACUUUGACUUGUUUGACUUUGGGGCGUGGGAGCGGGACCAGGCCUCGACGCCGAAACACAGUCGCAAGUCCAGCUCCUCUUCGAAGUCCUCUUCAUCCUCGCCGUCUUCCUCCUCUAGCGGUCUUAGCAGCAAGAGCAAAAAACGAAAUCUUCAGCAUCCUGAACAAACUGCCGAGGUCAGGGAGAAUGGAGCGUGUAUAAAAUGCCGAAUUCGACGAGUCCGCUGCGAUCUUCGAGUUUGCGCGCAAUGCAAGAAAUUCGAAUAUUUAUGCAUUCACGAGCAACUGUCGACAAUUGGACCCGUUUUUAUUAACAUCCAUGACAAAGCCGGGGAACGCGUCCGAAGAGAUGAUCUGACUGGACGGAGCGUUCAUGCGCUCGUCACCUUUUCCGAGACCGAUGCUUCCGCCCCGAGGAUGCGGCUCACCAUCCAGGCUUACGACCCGGAAAAGGGAAGUCGCCCAAAUGCAUCAAACUGUGCCAUCCCGCGGGAGCAUAUUCCGACUUGGGAUAGUCUGGUACAGUGGGCCGGCGAACAAAUUCUUUUCGAGGACAAAACCCCAUUCCUCAAGGCAGUUGAGACUUUUAUCAUGACCUAUUCCGGCCGCGGUAACGAGGGCAGUCAGCUACCCAAGUUUGGUCUCGUAAAUCGUGUGCGCCAGCUCACCUGCAUGUUCAAGAUAUGGAUGACCCAGCACUCAAGCUCGGGCCACAGCAACGGUAUCUAUUACUAUAGGCCUCCCAAGAACGACACGGUUCGUCUCCCUUUUGCCGUCCAUGAGGAACUCCGCCAUAUCGCGAAGAAGGCUAUGGAAUCCCUUGAGCGAGACAUUCUCAGCGAGCUCGACGCUUGUAUGACCCAGAGCAAGGCGGUCCAGCCUUUCGAGAAACCCCUGUUGUGGGUAUGCUUGUGGCAGCUACUUUUCGUUUACCGACAGCUUCUCGGCAGCAACUUGCCUCAUGCCGGCAGCCAUAGGUGCCGAGAGGUAACACGGCGACUUUACACGGCUCUUGUGGCCUACUAUACCGGCUUCUUCCACACGCCCAAGAGUCUCAACCUUGAACUCGACCUUUCCCGUACCAGGAUGCCCCAAGAUCUUAGGCACAGGAUGGCCGUACUCUUCCAAAACAUUCUUGACACGCGAGUGGGCUUCUACCAGGUCAUGCAAGGGUCUAAAAACGAGUUUGACACCCUCAUUAGUUCGACCAUCGUUGAGAAUGAGCUCAAGAAGCUCCUCAAGCGACGCAGCCGUAAAUCCAAGUCCUCCCGGAGCACUAAGAGUUCCGAUUCUCGAGACGACUAUGACGAUGACGACGAAGAAGAUUAUUGA